AUGGGUGGUUCGGAGGGAAAGGCAGACGCGGCACAGCAUGAGAAUGGGGAUGGGAUCACUCCUGUCUCCAACAGUAACGCAGCUCCUAGGAACGAACUUCGAGACAAAGCAACCGAGUUCCUCGAGGCCCAUGCCGCCGGUGACAGCUCCUUCACAUACGAGGAGGAGAGGGCCGUGUUACGGCGGAUUGACAUGCGCAUUCUACCCCUGAUUCUUGGGGCGUACUUCUUUCAGCAGCUGGACAAGAGUUCGCUGAGUUACGUGUCAAUCUUUGGCAUUAGCCAGGAUGCCAAGCUGGUCGGCCAGCAGUACUCCUGGCUCGGCUCGAUCUUGUACCUGGCUCAGCUGAUAAUGCAGCCGCUUGCCGCCUUUAUUCUCGUCAAGUUGCCCACGGGCAAGGUUAUCGCGAGCGCCAUUUUCUUGUGGGGUGCCUCCCUAGCCAUCAUGUCCGCGUGCACAAACUUUGCUUCGCUACUGGGGCUGCGCUUCCUUCUCGGCUCAUUCGAGGCCAUGAUUGCGCCCAGCUGCGUCGCCGUCACACAGAUGUGGUGGCGCCGGAGCGAGCAGACGAUGCGGACGAGCUACUGGAACGCUAUGAAUGGCAUUACGGCCAUUGUGGGUAGUUUGUUUACCUACGGGCUGGGUCAUAUUGAGAGCAGGGUGAUGUUCAAGUACCAGAUUAUCUUCUUGUUCUGUGGCUUGUUGACUGUGGUGUACUCAGCGAUUGUCUUUAUCUUCAUGCCCGACUCGCCUAUGGAGGCCAAAUAUCUCACCGAGAGAGAGAAAGUGAUUGCUGUGGAGAGAUUGCGGGCAAAUCAGAUGGGGGUCGCGUCGAGGGAAUGGCGAUGGGACCAUGUUUGGGAGACUCUGUUAGAUCUCAAGACGUGGUGCUGGUUUGUGGCGAUUGUGGCCAUCUCCGGCGGCAUUGGGACCUUUGGCAGUCUCAUUGUCAAGGAUUUUGGCUACACGAAUUUCGAGGCCAUCUUGUUCAACAUCCCCUUUGGGGCCAUUCAAUUCAUAGUCAUCAUUGGGUCCGGCUGGGUGGCAACGCACUUCCAGCACAAGGGUCUUACCAUCACGGCCGUCAGCGUACUGCCUGUGGUUGGAACCAUUCUCAUGCUGUCUGUCUCCAGAGAGCACAAGGGUGUUUUGCUCUUUGGCUACUACCUAGUAUCUUGCAUGGCGGCCAUCACACCCCUGAUCUACGCCUGGCAGGCGCAAAACACAGGUGGUGACACCAAGAAAAAGUGCACGUCAGCUGUGGUCUUUGUUGGGAUGUGCACGGGCAAUGUCAUCGGCCCGCAGCUGUAUUCGGAAGAUCAGAAGCCUCUCUAUCGUUCGGGACUCAUCUCCAAUCUCAUCAUGUUUGCUCUGGUUGGCGGCAUCUCGGCUAUCAUCCCAGUUUACCUCAUGUUCCUCAACCGACAGCACGCCAAGCGGCGAGAGGAGCUUGGCAAGAGUGCGGUUCUCGUGGAUGAGUCAAUGAUAGGCAACAAUCAAAUGGAAAGCAGCAAGGCUGGAGAGCUUGAAGACGGCGCGGCUGGCGGACACAGGAGGGUUAAGGCUCUCGAUGAAGACAAUGCCCUGCGAGACAUGACCGAUUUAAGGAAUGAAGACUUUAUAUAUGUGUAUUGA